ACUACACUUCCUCCAAGUAAAAGUUAUGAGAGCAAAAUAACAUGGCUUGCCUCUCAUUUUUGCCACACAUUUUACAAGCUUCAGCUUACAUUAUACUUUUUAUUUCUUUCAUUCUCUCCUCUUUUUCAAACCCAGUUCAAUCUCAGUGUAAAAAUCGACCAGUCAUUUUCAAUUUUGGUGAUUCUAAUUCGGAUACGGGUGGACUCGUUGCCGGACUCGGGUACCCCAUUAACCUUCCAAAUGGUCGAACUUUUUUCCGCCGUUCAACUGGCCGUCUCUCUGAUGGCCGCCUUAUUCUCGAUUUUCUAUGUCAAAGUGUUAAUACAAGGUUCCUGAGCCCAUACCUAGACUCUGUUGGAUCUAGUUUUUUGAAUGGAGCAAAUUUCGCUAUAGCAGGAUCUCGGUUACUACCUAAGUAUGAACCGUUCGCAUUAAAUAUUCAAGUCUUGCAGUUCCUUCAUUUCAAGGGUCGCUCAAUUGAACUUGUUAGUGCUGGGUCUGGAAAUUUAGUUGGUGAUGAAGGAUUUCGCAAUGCUCUUUUCAUGAUAGAUAUUGGACAGAAUGACCUAGCCGAUUCAUUUGCUAAGAACCUGUCUUACACAGAAGUAGUCAAGAUGAUCCCCUCCUUUGUUACAGAGAUCAGGAAUGCAAUUCAGGUCAUGUAUUCUCAAGGAGGAAGAAAAUUUUGGGUCCACAACACCGGACCACUAGGAUGUCUGCCUCAAAAGCUUACUCUGGUUCAGAAAGUUUCUUCUGAUCUCGAUCCACAUGGCUGUCUGGCAAAUUACAACUCUGCUGCAAAACUGUUUAACGAAGGGCUUCAACAUUUGUUGCAAGAGUUGAGAUCUGAAAUGAAGGAUGCUACUAUUGUGUAUGUAGACAUAUAUGCUAUCAAAUAUGAUCUUAUAGCCAACUCCAGCAGUUAUGGCUUCUCAAAUCCGUUAAUGGCUUGCUGUGGCUAUGGAGGUCCUCCAUACAACUACCGUAAAGGAGUGACAUGCGGUCAGCAUGAUUAUCAGGUUUGCAGUGAAGGGUCUGAGUUCAUAAGUUGGGAUGGAGUUCAUUAUACCGAGGCAGCUAAUAGAAUUAUAGCCUCUAAGAUACUGUCAAUGGACUACUCCACUCCAGGAAUUGGCUUCGAUUUCUUUUGCCAUUGAUGGUCAUUUGCUAGAAUAAAGUGCAAGCAUGAAUUAAUACAUGUUGCUUCAGAGUAUUAUGAAAAAUAUUUAAUUUGGAAAAAUAGAAAAAUUGAU